GACCAUGUGUUGCGCCACCAGUAGAUGCUAGGGGGAGACAGUGCUCAACUCUGCUUAUGUUUCUGUCGUGGCGGUGAUCAAAGGUUCGGUAUAGAAAGCCAAAGCUCCGAGUUCGAAGCAAAGUUUCUGCCCUUUACUCAUUCCAUGGGAACAAGAGGAGUGAUUGGGGACAAGUGGUCCAUGAGAAUUCUUUGGGCUUGCGCUAUUGGAAGUGCUAUCGGCCUGUAUAUGGUUGCUGUACAAAGACAAGCACAAAACAGGGAUAAGAUGCUGGCUGAAGGCUUGAAAGCAAUGGAGUCAGGGGAAAGCUAUGAGGAAGAUGUUUGAAGUUUGAACCAUGUCACACAAAAAAGUCUGUUAGUAUCAUAUAGCAUAUGCAGAGUUUCAGAGUCUUCUAAAAGAGGUUUCUCCUUAUGUUAAAGGUCCCUUGCAUUCAUGUUUUGUCCAUUUGCUAUAAAAUUUGUUAAGGUUUGAGCAUUUUCCAGCGGGAAAAUACUCAAGUAGAUUUUCAUUUGGAAUGUGUUAUGGAAAAGGAUUGAAAUAAGCUUUCAUUGAAAUGGAAAAACAAAAAGCAUGACCACAUUUUUAACAUUUUAGUAAAUAAACUUGUUUAGAUCCUUUUGAAAGAUACCUUUUU